GGCACUAAUGACAGAUAAAACCGUUACUGGAAUUUGAAAAAAAUAUUUGUCAUCUGUGUUGGAAAAGCCGCUAUUUGAUAGGAGUGUGCAAUAUUUGUGUGGAAGUAGAAUUUGUUUUCUUUUAAUAUAUUUAAUCAUUCAUGGGAAACUGUAUUGCUCCUGAAGACAGAGAUAUUACCAUUUGAAAAGAGUUGCCUUACGGAUACUUGUUUCGCCUUGGUUUUCAACAAAAAUGCCAAGAACGAGGCAAGUAAAGAAACAAGAUGAGCCAAAGGAAUCUCUACCUGCUCAUAAAAGUGCCGUCGAUUCGAAGUUUUACGAGAAAGCCAAAGAAAUUUAUAUACGCAAGAGGGAAGAAUUGGUAAAACAAAAAGAGUUGGUUAUUGGUAACUUUAGACUACAAUCUAAACAAAACAGACUUGUGAUACCUAUAUCUGUAGGAAACAGAAAACUAAAAGAUUUGAGACAAAGUAAUAAUUGGCACACUAUUUCAUCUGUUAAACAGUGCUCUGUUCUAAGUAGUAUAUUGCAACAUGGAGGUUCUGAAUUAUCUAAGAAGAAAACAUCAGAUGAUGGGUAUCUGACAUCUGACUCCGCAACUGAAACUUCAGGUGGAAUUAGGAAAUCUAGAUCAACUAGGAGGGUAAAUUCCACCAGCAGAGGGGAACCCAUUCGCAGAUCAUCAAGGACAUCCCGAUCCUUGUCCAGGAACAUGAACUUAGCCGUUUGCUCAACUGUAAAGAAAUCGACCAGAAAAUCUAGAUCUGUAUCUAGAGCUUCCACCAGGAGCAGGUUCAAAACACCGUUAAAUAACAAGAAGUUGGAAAACUUUGGAAUGGUGACACCCAAGAUGAAGCCAAAUACUCCGUCAGUCGUUCUUCGCCGACCAGGACAAGGAGAAAUAGCAAUUUCUCUCAGGGGCAGCCCUUUGAUGACUACAGCUAUGGUAUCUGAGACGACAGCCAAUGUUAAUAUACCUCUAGCAGACGGAAGAAUGAUUAAUAUUCAACCAAUGAAAGGACUGAGAGCUUCUGAAAUUCCUGAAUUGGAUCCGGAAAUCCAGAAACAAUUGAGAACCCUUCGGGACAAUCUGGAUAAAGUUUGUCAGAUGUCCAAAAUGAAAUAAGACUUUUACCUUUAUAAUGCUAGUGUGUAAAUCUUGAGAAUCAUUUGAUUUUUUUUAAUGGACUGUUAUUUAUGGUGUUUUUAUGAAUAUUUGUAAUGAUAGUAUACAAUUUUUUAUUCAUUAUAAGAACAGAAUUCAGGUAUAAUAACAUUUUAGUAAAGGAAUUUUCAACAAGA